GCUUAGCCGCCUCCGUGGGGAAACCUCGUGGGCCGAAAGUGGUGGACGCGGUACGACGGCCGGCGUACGAUCGUGGCCAAUGCCAGUCACCGGUGAAACGUGAAACGCGAAACUCGGGGCGAAAGUUUUUCUGGUUCCUGGCCGAGGUGGGGCGCGGCGGGUUUGAUCCGUCGCCAAUUUCGUCGUCCGGAUUCUUUAUUUGUUUGAUAGCGCGCGCCCGGGCCUCCUCAUUCCGGUAACAAGUGUCGAUAAGAGGUGUCCUUGCAGUACCUGUUGUUGUUUGUUGUUGUUAUUGUUGUUGUGUGUUGCAAGAAUCAUCGUUUCUUCCACUGCGCUUUGCGUUAUCGAAGAUACGACGACAGAGGAGUUUUGAUCCCUUGAAAGAGAUGUACUGUGAGGAUAAACUGUGAUCAAGAAGAAGAAGAAGAAGAAGAAGAAGAAAAAGAAGAGGAGGAGGAUCGAACAUGAGGGGAUCAGGGCAAACGUUGGUUCUUUGGUUCGCUUUGGCCACGUUCUUGACACUGUUUGGUCGCCUUCAUUUUGCUGCAGGAUGCCAGUUCUUUCCAAUAGGAGAGUACUUGAAAUUCGUCAGGGUGCCGGAAAAUCUUGCAAGGGGCACAGAGAUCUUGUCGUUGGAAGCUCAUCCGAGAAGUCAUAUCUCAAUAAUGCCAGUGGACAAAGACGAAGACGCCCGUUUCUUCGCCUACAAGGAGACAAACAAGACGCACGUCUCUCUGAUGCUGGCUCAGUCCCUCGAGGACCUGGUGGACACGGAGGUUCCUAGAAAUCUGCUCAAGUUCCGCGUGGUCUGCGAUUACUCGGACGGCGGCGAUUCUCUGGUUACGUCGCACCUGUCAGUGACGGUCUACGUGGAAGACAUAAACGAUCAUGCCCCGCAAUUUGUCGAUGCGCCUUAUCACGUAACCGUGGACGAGCUUACUCCAGUCGGCGUGACGAUAUUUCGCGGGAUACACGCGGUGGACGGAGACAAACCGAACACGCCGAACAGCGACGUGCACUAUGCGAUAGUGAAAGGCAACGAGGAAGGGAAAUUUUCACUCGAAUCCGGCCACAGAACCGCUCUCAUACUCCGUGAACCGGUGGACUACGACAACGGGGACCGCGAGUUCACGUUGGUCAUCGCGGCCACGGAUCGUGGAACGCCGGCCAGAACCACCAACACUACAGUGAGGAUAACUGUAUUGGACAACGAUGAUCUCGAUCCGAAAUUCACGAGAGACGUGUACAAAGCGAAGAUUUACGAGUUCUAUCCGAUGCCGGAACACCCGAUCUUCGUCCGAAUCAACUUCUCCACGCCGAUCCAGGCGACCGACCGGGACCGCGACAUAGACGCGCCCAUCCGCUACGACAUCGCGUCGGGCAACGAGCGAGGCUUCUUCCACCUGGACCCAAAAAACGCCACCCUUUACCUGAAACGCGCCAUCGACCUGGACGCCGAGCGAAACCUGCCCUCGAACACGUUCACUCUGCAGAUCCACGCCUCCCAGGUGGACAACCCUCUUAGAUCUGGCGUGGCAAGAGUUGAAGUAGAGGUCCUGGAUCUGAACGACAAUCUACCCGAGUUCGAGGUGGAUCUGUACAACAUCAGCAUCGUGGAGAAUCUGCCGAACGGAUUCAGCGUGCUCCAGGUGAUAGCUCGCGACAGGGAUCAAGGAGAGAACGGCCAGUUCGACUACGAGCUGGUGGACCCGUCUGGCGCGUUCUCGGUGGACGCCAGAUCCGGCUGGUUGACGGUGAGGGAUCAGUCGGUUCUCGACAGGGAGAGGAGAGAUCGGUUGAGGAUGAGGGUGGUCGCCGUGGAGAAAAGACCGAGCGUUGUGGCUCCUCGAAACGGUUCCUCCUCUUCCUCCUCGGUGGACGUUGACGUGACGUUGCUGGACGCGAACGACAACAACCCGAUCUUCGUGCCUGGAAAUCUGUACGAGCUGGUCGCGAGGAGCGACUCGAAGGUGGGCACGGUGCUCGGCCAGGUGCACGCGGUCGACGAUGAUCUGGGUCCGAACGGGAUGGUCAGGUACAGGCUGCAGAAGCCGGGCAACUCGACGGCGAGGACGCCUCCGUUCGCGGUGGACGAGGUGACAGGCACGAUCUCCGUGUCCGAGAGCCCGAUUCUAGAGGGGAGGCACGCGAUCUUCGUCGAGGCUGCCGAUCAACCGGCCAACCCCAGCGAGAGGAGGAUCUCCCUCGCUGUGGUCACCGUGGACGUCUUCAGAUCGGACGGGCCGGAAUCGUUGGAGCCGGAUUUCGUGGGCGCCCCUUACGAAUUUUGGGUGGGUGCCAACGUGCCGGUCGGCACCAGCGUCGGCCAGAUACGCUUGAACGACGCCGUGAAGACCAACGACCUGAUCUACGACCUCUUGCACAGCUACGAGGAAGGUGUGCCGUUCGCGGUGGAGGAACGCUCGGGUACGAUCACGGUGGUCGAGGAGAUCGAAAGAUUCGACCGAUCGAUCUACGAUUUCGAGGCAAUAGUCACGGACGAACGGGACCUGAUGCUGAUCACCAACGUGUCCAUCCACGUGGUCGAUCCUAACGACGAGCGAGGAAUAUUCACCAGGGGAACGACCACCGCCCCACUCGUGUUCCACGCGAGGGAGAACAUGGCUGGCGCGUACAUCGGCCAAAUACUUCCGCAGAAUGGAACUGGCUCGGCCACGCCGGCCACUCGCUUCUUUAUCGUCAAUCAGCAGGAUGUGCCCGACAUCUCGAUCACGGAGGAUGGCGCCCUGUACGCGCCCAAGGGCCUCGACCGUGAGGCCAGGCAGAAUUACAGCAUCACGGUGAUUGCGGAGAGCCAGCGAGGCGUUGGCGUUUUCCAAGUGAGCGUGAUCGUACUUGACGAAAACGAUCAUGCGCCAGAAUUCACGUCCCCGUUGUACGAAGGGCGAAUCACGGAGAACAGUCCACCCGGAACGAAAGUGAACUUAUCGAUUCCCAUUACGGCCACCGACAAAGACGAGGGUAUCAAUCAGAACUUUGUCUUCACUCUUCACGGCGAGAGAAGCGAGUUGUUUAGAAUCCAUCCAACCACGGGUUUAGUGUACUUCGAAGGAAUCGAUGAUCGUACAUUGGACAGAGAGGCGAGAGCAAACUAUAGUUUCACCAUCGUUGCUAAAGACAAUGGCGGUCUAACGUCCGAGUCGAGGCUGAGGAUAACGGUGACCGACGUGAACGACAAUUCUCCCGUUUUUAUCCGUAUGAUCGUGCUCCCGGAGCAGGGUGUCCGCGUGUCGAACGAGGCCGACACCGAGGCGUCGUUCGAGGGGAACGACGUCGUGGCCGAUACCGCGGACGACACAAGCGGGGCAGGAGGAGAUCGAGCAGCGAGCGGCCGUCGUUCGCCCCUUCUUCUCGUUCCGGAGAACGCGACGAUCGGGGCGCCGAUAAUACGGCUCCUCGCCGAGGACAGGGACGAGGGAACGAACGCUGCGAUAACGUACAGCCUGGUGAACGAGACGGUUUCCGGCGACGAAACCGUCGUUGAAUCGCGCCUCGAUACCACGAACCGUAGAUACUUCCAUCUGGAUCCAAGGUCGGGCGAGAUAUCGGUGGCCAGAGGGCUCACCGCCGAAACCAACGUACGUUUCCUAGCCCUGGCCAAGGAUCCCGGCGGACUGUUCGACAACAUCACCGUCAGGAUUCACGUGGUCGACGUGAACGACCAUCCACCCAGCUUCGACAAAUCUUGGUACACGUUCGACGUGGCCGAGGGCACUUACAAGGGGUACACUCUGGGCCGUGUUCGAGCCGUGGACGCGGAUCACGGGAGGAACGCGAACGUCACUUACGAGUUGACGACGAGAGACGACUCGGGGGUUGGGAACGUGUCCAGGAUCUUCGAGGUCGGCCCCGGGGAGGGGGUAAUCAGGGUGACGGGUGUGCUGGACAGGGAAACCGUGCCCGUUCACCGCCUCCUUGUCACGGCCCGUGACAACGGUGUCCCGAGAUUGAGCUCCACCGUCGAGGUGGAGGUGAACGUGUUGGACGUGAACGACAACCCGCCAGUGUUCCACGAUUACGACGAGAUCGAGAAGGACGAGAACGGUGAUCCCCUCCCCGUCUACCACGCCUCCGUCCUCGAGAACAGCCCCGUAGGCAGCCGUGUGAUCAAGGUGCGCGCCGACGACACCGACUUUGCCGGGAAUGGGAACGGUCUGAUCCUGUUCGACCUGAAUCACCCGGGAAAAUUGGAGAAACAAUGGUUCGCCAUCGAUAGCAAGGAAGGCGUGAUCACGGUUGUCGGUGAUCUGGAUUACGAGAGGCAAAGGAGCCACAGAUUGGUGGUGACAGCCAGCGAUCUGGGUUCCCCCGUCAGCCUCACGUCCACGGCAGCGGUGAUCGUCGCUGUGUCGAACGAGGACGACGGCGAGGAGGGGACGACGGAGCGGGCGCCUACGUUCAAACACCGUUACUACGAGGUGGAGGUCGAGGAGAACGUGGAGGUGCCCGUGUUGGUCGCCCGUUUGGAGCUGGCCGACGAUUCCGACGUACGGGACGAGCAUGUGCGGUACAGCAUCGUUGCUGACGAGACGAAGGCGCGACAACUCUUCUCCAUCGAUCCUCGAAACGGCUCGUUGUACCUGACGACGGGCGUGGAUCGCGAGGUGAACGAUCGAUACGAGGCCAAGGUGAGGGUGGACAGGGUGAAGAUCGGGAGAGGGAUGCCGGUCAUGAUCUACCCGGUGGUCGGCGAAAGGCUGAACGGGUUGGCCCCUAACGAGGCCAGAGUCGUGGUCAGGGUGAAGGACGUGAACGACAACGCGCCCAGAUUCAAGUCGAGGGGCCGACCCAUCCUGGCCGCCGUACCGACGACCGCCCAUUACGGGUACGAGGUCGUCAAAGUGGAGGCGGAAGACCCGGACGAGGGAGCAAACGCCGAGAUCCGGUAUCAAAUUCUCGGUCGGGAGGACGCGCCACGAUUCGCCAUUGACCCACUGAGCGGUCAAGUACGAUCUGUGGCGAGUUUUGGCCGUGAUGCUGGACGCGUUUUCGGGUUCGACGUCAAGGCCACCGACAGAAGAGGCGCUGAGGACGGUCGCAGCAGUAUCGCCAACGUUUUUGUGUACGUCCUGGAUGAUCAGAAACAGGUGGUGAUGGUGGUUGGUCGAAGACCCAUGGACAUCGAGCCGCAAUUGGAGAAUAUCACCGCGGUAUUGCACAACGUGACGGGUUUCGACGUUCGAGUGAGGAAGCUAGAGCCGCACAUUGAAAAAAAUUUGAUCGACACAACGUCUACCGACGUUUAUCUUUACGCAAUCGAUCCUCAUUUAAACGUUAUGAUAGACAUGGACACGUUACACAACGUGUUCAACACAAAGAAAACGGAAAUCAAGCGGGAGUUGGACGAGUACGAUGUUCUGGACAUUGCCGGAAGCUCUCCUCGUCAGGGUAAUCAACGCUACCUGCUAUCCACUUUGGAAGUGGCUGUGGUGAUGCUCGGCUGUGUCAUCUUUGUGGGCGCCCUCGUCACCGCCCUUUGUGUCACCUGCGUUCGCAGAAGUAAACGUCGCAGACGUCGGGAGAAAACGAUGUUCUCGACCACCAGCCCGAUUGGUUUCGCUUUGGCAGACCCGUCCGCGACCCUCCAGAAGCCGCCAUUGUUCCCGACCUUUGUCGACGGCCUUCACUACGACCCUGAACCGUUCUGCGCCGACAUGCCGAGACGGCACAGCAUCUGCGACCACGGAUCCAAUUGCGCCCGUUUCCACGCGAUGGGCGGUUGUAGUAAGCACGCCGGGAGAACGACGGCGGGGACCCCGAAAGGCCUGGAGGCAUCCGCGACGUCCUUGCAUUCCAGCGGUCAGGAUUCUGGGAUCGUGGCGCGCGCCUCCUGCCACUGCAGUCACUCGUCCAGCCCCUCGAGCGGCGAGAGCAGCAACGGCUACGAGGACUCUUUAAAGUCGCUGCAGCGGCGCGAGAGAGGAAACGAGAUCUCUCGCGGGAUCCACGACACCUCGACGACCACUACGACGAGCAUGGUGUUGGGGAGGCGAGGGGCCCAAACAACAAGGAGGCGGCAACGAUACAACUCGUUCUCGAACGGCGAGUCGAUGUACUCCCACGAGAUGACGUUGCAGAGGGAGCAACGUUGCUGCAACGUUGGGACCGAGAAGAGGCGGAAGAAGGAGGGAGGAGGGGUGGCGCGCGAGCAUCGCCGCGCACAUUCGGAAGCCGAGAACAACAUCACCGAGACUGUGAUACACGAACAUCCUGGAACCGAGAUCUCGUUGUCCAGCUCUUUGCAGAACACCUCCCCCCUCCACGGUGUAACGAGAUCCACCCACAUGCUGUAUUAACGAGUCUUAUUUAAGAGAGAAACUUUGAAUGGGUUUACAAGGAUUCCUCCUAGCCAUGAGUUUUUCUCAUUUGUCCAUACAAUUGUCGUACAAUUUUUAUAAGAGAUUAAUUUCUUUUAACUUUAUCAUUUGAGGAUAUUUCUUCGUUUAACGCGUAGGUUUAAAUUGGAGAGCAAAAGAUUCGUUUUACAUUAAUCAUCCAGGGAAGAUAUCACCUUUUUUCAAAUAACAAUUAAACGAUGAUAAAUUUAUAAAAUUUGUUUGUUUCGGUCAAUGAUAGAAGACGAGCAACAAUUUCAUAUUUUACAAUUUCUUUUUGAAGGUAUAUCGCAAUUGUUUCGAGAAUCUUUGUCUUUCAAAAAGACACGACGAAACUCGAGAUAUUGUGAAUUUUUCAAAUCUUCAUUUUAUUUUAACCAAGCGGAGUAGAGAGUUGUAAAAAGUUGAUCGAAGAAAUAUCCUUUCUAGAGAAAAGGGAUUAGCGAGUUACUUUACUUUUCUCGCGUGAAAAUUUGCCCAAAUUGUGUCAUCGUCUCGUUACCAAAAUACUCGUCAUUCGUGUAAAUAUUCUCUUCUCGAGAUCUUUAUUAUUAUUUCUUAUUUCUUUAUUUUACGUUAUUUAUGAAUGUAAGAAUAUUCUCUUCUACAAAUGUAAAAAAAUGUUUCGUGUACAGUAGAUAUACGUUUCACUCGUUGGAAACAUAGUAUCGAAUAUCCAAAAGGAGAUGCAUAAGUAUUUAUUUUAUUACGAUAAUUUUAUGGUUGUAACAUCUAAUCUUGGAAUUCCUUUAAAGAAUUGUUAUUACAUGUUGACAAAAUAAUUUGCGAAACGAAAUGAAAAAGUUAGAUAUUUUACUUCGAUGCGAUAAUUAAAUUUUAAAUUAAAUUAUUACACGAAUCAUCAAUUCUGGGAAAAGGAAUGUAUCGAAUCUAGCUUUUCUCGCUAAUAUGAAAUGUUAUAAAUAGUUUCGAUAGUGAAAAAGAAUAGCGAGAAGAGUCGAAAUUGAAUCUUUUUCCGAAUCGUUCAAUUCAUAAAAAUAAUUCGAAAGCUAACUUUCCAACGAGUUCGGCUACGUUUAAUACAAUUAGAUUGUAAGAGAAUGUGUAUCAUAUGUAUGUAACAAUAAUGUAUAAUUUAUAUCGUGAUCGUGAAAUUGGUCACCAAGGAAAAUAACUGUUUUAUAAAUCGUUAAUAAAGGCAAUUAUCGUAAAA